UCGUUUCGGUGGAGUCAUCGUGAGCUGAAGUGUGAUCAUUGAUUUUCUAUUAUUUCUUAAUUGUAACAGGUUAGAUUAAAUCUCAAAUUUUAGAACUUUUCAAGCACAGGUAAUUCGCAAUGUCCACAUAAUGCCUCAGUGAGCACAAUGAACACCAUUUACAAGUCGCGGAUUGCGCAUCAUGUGUCCAUAUCUGCAAAGAAUGGAAAGCCCUGAAAAAAAUGCUCUCACACUUAAAAUUUUUCUCAUCUCCAUAUCAUUUACAUAUCUGAACAUAUUUCCCACAUUUCUAUGCAAAAUUCAACUAUAAAACUGAUUCCUUCUUCUUUCAAAAUAUCAAACAUUUUCCAAAUAAUGUUCCGUCAAUUCUUCACCAUCCUUCUCUUCGUCGCUCUUUUUGGCACUGCAUCAACCUACAUGCCACACCAUAAGACCGCCGAUUCAGACAGUGAUGAGAUCGUAGCCCGAGUCGAGCAGCCAAUGAAGCUCCGAACCCUUCGUCCAAUCAAAUUUGGUCCAGGCGGCAGAUAUGAGUAAUUGAUGAUUGUUAUCAUAAGUCGUGAGUAAAGUUUUUGAGCAUUCCA